AUUGUUGGAGUCUCCUAUUAAAAGAGAUAAAUAUGCCUUUGUUAGAUCCCAUUCCAUUAACCCAAGUAAUUCUGCCUUUUUAAACAAACAUCUACCCCUCUUAAUAAAUGUUUUACGCCUUCCAAAUGUUUAUCUAUGUCUGCCCACCUCUACCAUAACCAUAAACCGAAUUAUUGCCUUUCAUUUCCAUUUAAUUUCCCUUGCUUUUAAGAACUCGAAUCACUGCUUGUAUCUUGAGUUCCCACCAUAAAAAUCAACUUAACCCCUUAAAAACAGGAUCGUAAAACAAGCUUUCAUUUGGCCUGGGCACAUAAUUCGUCGUCAUUAAGCUAUAACCCCCUGUUGCCACUACCAAAAUAAUUGCAAAUUUCCAAAACUAUUUGAAACAUUUUAUUGUUCGACCUUCAAAGAGCACUUAGUGCGGAAACUAAGAGAGCAAAGCUAUAAAAAAGAGAGCGAAGUGCGGCGAAUUCAGCAGGAGAAUUCCCGACUUUUUCCGACCCGAAGACAACGAGGCCGAAUCACCACUGAUAAAGCUUCGUGUCUGCUCGGAAAAUCCCCCGGAGUCCCAGAAAAAAAAAAACAUAAAAAUGCUCCAUUGCUGGCCAGAAAUCAGUUUCAGUUUCUGUUUCAGUUUCAGCGCGACAUCGACGGUGAACGAAAGGCGAAGGCGCGGAAAAGCGCGUGAAAAAAUCUAAAGGAAAAGUUGAUGGAAAUGUGAGGCACCGAAUACGUGAGGCGCGACAUUUUCCGGACCAGCGUGUGUGUGGCGGUGUGUUUUUGUGACUCGAGGCCAAAGUGUAGAUUGCCAUAGAUCAAAGCUCGCAAGGCAAACAAAGUGCGAAUUGAUAGGACACAAAGCAAACCUGAUAAAGUGUUAGAUAAAAAGUAUCAAAAGCGGAUUUCGAAGGAGAGUGAAGAAGAGAGUGUAUAGCUGCAACACCAAAAAGAGACCACAAAUCGAGUGGGUCAUCGAAAAAUGUUGACCCUGUGGACGGCACUUUUCUGCUGCCUGACGGGGCUGGCCGUGUGCUACCAGCGGCAAUCUGUGAGCAAUAACAACCACAACAACGCCGAGGCGAAGCCCACCCACACACCCCCCUCGCAUUAUCCUCAUGGCCACAAGUGGAACGAGCCGUACUUUGAUCUCACGAUGCCCAGGAACAUCACUUCGCUGGUGGGCAAAUCCGCAUAUCUGGGCUGUCGUGUCAAGCAUCUGGGCAAUAAGACGGUUGCCUGGAUACGACAUCGUGACCUGCACAUUCUCACUGUGGGCACCUAUACCUAUACGACGGAUCAGCGGUUCCAGACCUCCUACCAUCGCGACAUCGACGAGUGGACCCUCCAGAUCAAGUGGGCCCAGCAGAGGGACGCCGGGGUGUACGAGUGCCAAAUAUCCACGCAGCCCGUGCGCAGCUACUCGGUCAACCUGAACAUCGUGGAUCUGAUAGACGCCGAGACCAGCGAUAUGAUGCAGCAGUAUUAUAAUGACGAUGCCUUCUAUAUAGCGGAGAAUCGGGUGUAUCAGUCUAGCAACGAUGAGUUCGCCGGAAUGUUUGGACCCAUUCAGACAGUUGCGGUGCCCACGGCCACCAUUCUGGGAGGACCCGAUCUAUAUGUGGACAAGGGCAGCACCAUAAAUCUCACUUGCAUCAUCAAGUUUAGCCCAGAGCCGCCGACCCAUAUCUUCUGGUAUCAUCAGGAUAAGGUGCUCAGCGAGGAGACUUCGGGCGGUCGACUGAAAUUCAAGACCAUCAAGUCGGAGGAGACCAAAUCCAUUUUGCUCAUUUACGAUGCGGAUCUCUUGCACUCCGGAAAAUACUCGUGUUAUCCUUCGAACACGGAAAUAGCCAGCAUACGCGUCCACGUGCUUCAGGGCGAGCGACCCGAGGCGAUGCAAACGAACGCGGCACCAGCCGCCGUCGCCCUGGCCUGUUGGUCCUGUCACUUUGGCCAGGCCACGCAGGCGGUCAGGGUAAUUAGCACAAUGGUGGCGGCACUUGUAUUGUUGGAGGCCUGCUCUUCGUUGCUCCUACAAGGCGGGGCAGGUGGAGGAGGAGGGUGUCCUGGAGGAGGAACCACUGGAGGAGCUAGGGAGAGGCCAGGACAGGAGAAACCGCCAACAAGUUCCCCAGCUGACCCCAAGGAGACCUCGACGACGUCCGAGGAGCGUGUCAAUAAUGGCAGCCGGAAUGCACGGUGAUAAAUUAAUGUCGCCCAGUUGGAAUUCCACCGCCAAUGCAGCCAACCAAAUGCAGCUGAAAUGAUUUAUAGGAGAAGUUACGGGAGCAUCUGGAGCAGGAGCCUGGAGCCUGGAGUCUGUAGCCUGCAGCCUGGAGCCUAGAGCAUCAGCAUCUGAGGUCCUUCCACUCGAGCUGCAUGUAAUACCUUUCUGAAAAACCAACUAAUUAUGCUAAUGAUGGAAGAGACGCCGUGAUGCUCCCUCUGCUGCUCCCGCUGCUGCCCCUUCUCCGUAGCAAGUUGUAAGUAAGUGUGUUUCUAAUUAAGUGGGCUGGGGAUUAGUUAGUUAGGCGGAAAUCAGAGCCAUGUACAUAAACUUCUCACGUAAAUUGCCAGCACACUAGCGAACUUAGCUAAAUGGAAAGCAUUUCGAACGAAUCAUCAAAUUAGAGAACUAUAUUCAAGUGGUUUGCUUAUAGAGCCAUGCCUAGGUGUUUAAAUGAAUAUUAAAGUAAAGAAAAUGGAAAAGCGGGGAGUUUUCUUAGAGCUUACAGAGGUUUGGAAAGAGUUCUUUGGGUGGCUACAAAAAGGUUAUUAAAUAAUUCGUUCUUAAAACUUAAUAAUUUGUAUAAGAAAAUCUUAUUUGUGUAUAGAUUAGGCACCCUAACAGCUGUUUCUGGAUUUCUCAGAACUUAGAAGAAAGCCCCCGAAAUUAGAAAGUUAAGGAUAUACGUAGCAAAAAAGUUUACUCAGAUCGUUGUAAAUAUUAAAGGGAUUCGUUCUUGAUUUGUGUGUUGUUUUUUGGGUCACCCUGUAUAGCCUAGAGUUUAAGCCAUGUACAUACUUAGAGAUACAAAGUAGCUAACCGUUUUUGACACGAACUUCUUCGAAGGUUCCUAAACAAAUUUUUCGAACAAAUUUACAUGUCCACUUCUCCUCUCAAUAAUCUAUGGGGGGAGCUCGGAGAAUUCAUGAGAAAUUCCUGCCAAAAACAAAGAAAAGAAAAUAAAACCCAACUCAGUUUGAAGUGCGACUUUCCGGACUAACAAUUUAUUUAGAAGAAUUUCUCCAAGUCAUGUGGGCAGUUCCUGUUCCCAUUUACAAACUCCUGGCAAUUGCCACGAGUUCAUUGCUCUCCCAGUCCGAGUGAAAUUUAGAGCUCCCAUUUCAGCAUGUCCGGUUGCAUUUUUAUGCCCGGCAAGCACAGCCCCUCCGGAAAAAAGGGGAAGACCCAACUGGCAAGUCACUUUUCACUCUUGUCAACAAAAUAUUUGCAUUUCCAUUUACCAAGGCGGUCGAUUUAGUAUUUGUAAGUGUGUGUGUCUUCAGGUUGGGUUUGUCUUGGCAGAACUCUUUGUCCGGCAAAACCAAACGGCGAUGGCGAUGGCGAUGGCGAUGGCGAUGGCGAUGGCGAUGGCGAUGGCUCCUUCAUCCUGUGCCACAUUUAAAAAUGUAUGGCCCCAGCCAUGGCUGAGUUAAACUGAUCAAAAUUGUAAAUAAACCUGCAUAUACCAUUAUGAAUAAACUAUAAACUGUACUCAAGUAUUUGUGUGGUAGUCAUACAUUACAUAUACAAACACGCACUGCUCGCGAAUAUAUAUGUAUUUAAAUAUAUAUAUAUAUAUAUGGAUUUAUAUACGUACAUGAGUGUAUCGAUAUUAAAAAUGUAAACCCAACGCAUGCAAAAUUAGUCGCGACAUGUAAAUGAAUGUUUAAUGGGUAAGUUAAUGUUGCCAUAAAGGGGCAGAGAGCAAAAAAAAACCGAGAAUAUAAUUGCAAUUAAGCAAAUAAAAAUAAUAUAUGUUAUAAGCAUAAUAGGGGGAAAAAUAGCGAGUAUUAUUAUAACAGAAAGCAGAAAUGCAGAAAGCAGAAAGCGGAAACAAACACAAACUCUGUUGACUUUUGUUGCAAACAAAAUGGCAACGCAUUAUAAAGAUUAUGAAAUUGUUUUUAAUUUUUAAGCGACGUAGCUUUCCAUAAAUAAUAUGGUAAAAAAUCGGUAUGAGAAAUUUCAAUAAAGUUUUUUUAGUUACUACCAUCCAAUGAUAAA